AACCGUUCGCUUCGUGCCAGCUGCCGGUACGAAAAAUCGUGUGCGCGUGUGGUGUUUUGGUCCUUCCAAACAAUCGUGUGCGAAGGGCGGCGUAGCAGAAGUGAUACCAGCGCGAGAAGUGAACCCCCUCCACGUGGUGGGCUUAGUGAAAUAAUAGCACUCGCUUUGUUUGCUGUGUGUGUUUUUGGUUUUCGUUUUGGGUGAAAAUUACGCACCAUUUUCGUGAGCGCGAGAGUAUGGAGUAAAGCAAUAACGACAACAACAGAAAGCUACUAACCUCUCAACAGUGACAGAAAUCAUAUGCGCGCUGUAUCGAACGAAAACAACGUUGUGUGGCUUGCCUGUAUUGUGUGUGCCGUACCUUUCACCUUUCCCUCACCCAGGUCUGUGUCUAUCGUGUGUGAGUUUGUGUGCAUAACAAACGGUGCUACUUCGAUGUGUGUGAGUGGAAAAGUGGAAAAUUCUCUCUGCGUACGGUACGAAUUUUUGCAACAACGCGGUCAGUCGUCUGUGUGAAACGAACCCCGAAACUGUCAAGGUGUCGCAGUCAGUCCGUACCGUUCCCUUAGGUGAGGACACCUCCAAGAUCCACCGCGGACAACAAGCAAGUGUUUUAGCAACCUAACCAACCCUACUCGUCGCUAGAAUAGUGUUGAACACAUCGAGUGUGUGCGUGUGUGUGUGUUUGUUCUAGAGUCGAAGUUCGAACCAGUGACCCUGCGACCGUAACCAUGCCAUCGGAACCGGAAAAGGUGUUCAAUCCACAUGCGGAUGUCGCCAGCAAGGCGUACAUCAACAGCAUGCAGCAGUACCAGGAGUUCUACCAGCAGUCGUUGGAAAAUCCGGCCCAGUUCUGGGCGAACGUGGCCAAGCAAUUUCACUGGGAAACACCGUACGAUCCGAAGAACUUCUUCUCCUACAACUUCGACAUCUCGAAAGGGCCCAUCUACGUCAAGUGGAUGGAGGGUGCGUCGACGAACAUUUGCUACAAUUUGCUGGAUCGAAAUGUAAAGAAUGGUCUCGGUGACACCGUUGCCUACUACUGGGAAGGAAACCACCCGGAUGACUAUAGCCGGCUGACGUACAGGAAGAUGCUGGAGGAGGUGUGCCGUUUCGCGAACGUGCUGAAGAGUCACGGCGUACAGAAGGGUGACCGGGUGUCGAUCUACAUGCCCAUGACCAUGGAACUCCCGGUUGCCAUGCUAGCGUGCGCGAGAAUCGGUGCCGUUCACUCGAUUGUGUUUGCCGGCUUCUCGUCUGAUUCGUUGGCGGAGCGAAUGCACGAUUGUCAGGCCAAGGUGUUGAUCACUGCCGAUGGAGCCUGGCGCGGUGAGAAAAUCCUUCAGCUGAAGGAAAUCUGUGAUAUUGCAAUGGACAAGGCGGAAGAGCUCGGUCAUCAUGUGCAGACCUGUAUCGUAGUGUCACACAUAAACCGUGUUACGCCGGGCAAGGAAGAUUGGGACGAGCGAACUACAUUGAUCUCCUCUGUAUUGCAGACUCCCUGGAGGGAUGGACGUGAUUUCUGGUGGCAUCAGGAGAUGGAAGAUGCCGAACCGGCAUGCUACCCCGAGUGGAUGUCGGCGGAGGAUCCACUGUUUAUGCUGUACACUAGCGGCUCCACUGGAAAACCGAAGGGUGUACUGCAUACCACGGCCGGCUAUCUGCUGUACGCGGCGACCACGUUUAAGAUCGUGUUCGACUACAAACCGCUCGACAUUUACUGGUGCACAGCUGACAUUGGUUGGAUUACCGGGCACACGUACGUUCUGUACGGUCCAUUGGCAAAUGGUGCCACCUCGGUCAUGUUUGAAGGUACACCAUUCUUCCCGGACACCGAUCGUUACUGGGAGAUCAUCGACAAGUAUAAGGUGACACAGUUCUACACUGCACCAACCGCCAUUCGUUCGCUGAUGAAGUUUGGUGACGAGCCGGUAUUGAAACAUGAUCUUUCCACCUUAAGAGUUCUUGGAAGUGUCGGUGAACCGAUCAAUCCGGAAGCGUGGCUUUGGUACUAUCGCGUGAUCGGUAAGGAGCGUUGCUCGAUCGUGGAUACCUUCUGGCAGACGGAAACUGGUGGACAUGUCAUCACGCCACUUCCAGGAGCAACUCCAAUGAAGCCUGGCUCUGCCUCGUUCCCGUUCUUUGGCGUAAAACCAACACUGCUGGACGAAAGUGGCACAGAAAUCAAGGGUGAAGGCGAAGGCUAUCUCGUGUUCUCACAACCUUGGCCGGGAAUGAUGCGCACGCUGUUCAACAACCAUCCUCGCUAUGAGUCGACAUACUUUUCCAAGUUUAAUGGUUAUUAUUGCACGGGUGAUGGUGCUCGUCGUGACGCGGAUGGAUAUUACUGGGUAACUGGCCGUGUGGACGACAUGCUGAACGUGUCUGGACAUCUGAUGUCCACCUCGGAGGUGGAAUCGGUGUUGACCGAGCAUAAACGUGUAUCGGAAGCGGCUGUCGUUUCUCGGCCUCAUCCAGUCAAGGGUGAAUGUUUGUACUGUUUCAUCACACCCAACCAGAACGAAACGUUCGAUAAAACGCUCAUCAGCGAGCUAAAGGUGCUGGUGCGGGAACGUAUUGGGCCGUUUGCACAGCCAGACGUCAUUCAGCAUGCGCCGGGACUGCCGAAAACACGCUCCGGCAAGAUCAUGCGACGAGUACUGCGCAAGGUGGCAAUCAAUGAUCGUGAUGUGGGUGAUACGUCUACCUUGGCCGAUGAGGCGAUCAUUGAGCAGUUGUUUGCAAAUCGGCCUACAAACUAAACGGCUUCGAAGGCACUGUUCGUUGCAGACCGUCGAGGUUAUCAUCCUCGAUGAUGCUGUAGCUCUAAGCGAAAGAGUGCCGAGUUUCGCUGGGGAUGGAACUCACACCGAUUGUUUCAGGUAUCUCACUGGAAAGGAUAAGAUUCUGUCGGCUUUUCUUCUGUACCAUAACCUGCCCGCACAUUACCAACCGAGAGGGACACAAAUACGCUAAUACAACAUACGCAUACGCAUAUCGAAAAUUAAUGCUGGACAUCGGGGAACAAAUCGGGGGAAAAAGACAGUAAAAAAGCAGAGCCUUAGCGAUAGGCAUCCUGAAUUCGAGAAUUCGUGCAAAUUUGGCUGGAAGGAAAACAAACAACAUGGUGCAGGAACUACCAUGCAUACCAUACCAUGCAGUAGCUCGAAUUUACCGCGCAAAGGUAUCGAAACGAACGAAGCUGGAAAAAUCCUUCCCACCGGUGGAAGAGUGUAAGGAUUUCAGUGCUGUAGCUUUAAGUGAUGCCUGGUGGGUUGGAAGAAGGUUGGAUUGGCCUGUUGUUAAUCUGAUUGGAUGAAACAUACUUUAAGUAGCUGUUAUUGCAUUCUAACAAAUUUAAGGCUAUCUUUGUUUAGUAUUAAAUGUUGCUAGAGCCCGCUGGGUGCUCCUAUGUGCUGGGUGGAACUAUCUGCCGCUUCUCGUUUGCCGGUAAUCUCAAAAAAAAAGUGGAAAAGCAAAAGGCUUCACAUUUAAAUUAAUUGUUGCAUCGAUUACACCAACCUCACAAGAAGUGUUUACACUACUUCGACAACGAGAACAAAGGGAAAAAUGUAGAGGAGAGAGUGAGAGUAGCAAGUGUUAUCAGAAAAGCUAUUUAGAGAAGGGUUAGGAAAUGUCGCAGAGCGAUGUUUUAGGGGGUGUGAUAGACAAAAUAGGCCAGCGUGGAUUAGAAUGCGAAGCAUACUAUGAGUUAGUGAGGAAGUGAACGAAAACACACACACACAGUCACACAAGAACAUCUCCCUUUCCGGAUCCCUCACCAUUCCCCAUACACGUACGUCAUCAUAAGAUGGUAGCAUUUCUUCCUUUCCCAGUGUGUAAUUACUACCGCCAUUACUGUACGUACGCAAUGCGGGAAUAGUAACAUCAUGGAUAUUCAGUUAAUCAUAUUUUAUUAUUUUCACUGCUUUUAUUUUUCGCUUAUAAGUUUUACCACAAAUAAACACUCACAACGCUUGUCUAUGGCACGUACCUAUACACUUGAAACCGAAAACCAUACACCAUCAUUGCUGUACCCAUGCUCUUCCCACGUGUUAACCACAUCUCAGCCACAGAUUCGAUGACGAUUCCAUUGAGCUACCGCAAGUGUCUGGUGCGGGGUGCAUGCCAACUGAUCACCCUACGGACGCCCCAGAAAAAAGGAAAACAGAAACUAAAUCAACACAUAUCAUUUUCCCCCUCUGCUAGGAAUUUCCCAGCGUGGAGGAAAACUAAAACCAUUUGUAGAAUUAAUGAAAUCUAUGCAUCCACAGCAUUGUACUAGAAGUUUAUCAACUGUUAAAACUCGUAGCGCUAUAUAUCUAUUCAUGAGGGCCACAAACCGGUGGUCCUCUGUGUUGUUAUCUGGAUGGGAAAAUUGUGUUUCUCUCUAGACCGAUAAAGAGGGAUAGAGAGAAAGGAUGGAAAGCAAAAGGUUUCUGUUGGACUUGCGCACAUUUUCUCCAGAGCCAUUAAACUAAGCGGGGUGCGAUUAGAACACCAGUCCACAGCCCCCAAUUCUUAUCAAUCGCCCAAACAACGAUACAUAUCAUGUAGCGUGCCUACACCAACACCCCAUUUACCCGGGGAAGGGAAAGUAGGUGGCUCCCAUGCAGUGGCCCUUACCACAGCUGUUCCCCUUUUUUGCGGUGUGACUAUUUGUAAUACUUUUGAUAGUGGGCACGGAGCAUAAUGCAACAGUAGUGCAGCGGCGUGUGCAUGGUUGUCCGUUUAAUAAUUUUAAUGUACCUACAUGCCCAUUCACAUGGGCAUCCGUAUUUGCAUGCUGUUCGUUCUCGUGAGUCUAUAUACAACUUGAAGGGUGUAGUGCUCAUUCCAGAUAUGGCAAAUUAACUACAACAAUAAAACCAUCUCAAAUAACUGUACUGAAUGAAACGAUACUGGAAUAAAUAUACUACCGGAACAUAUCAAUG